AUGCAUGAAAGGGAAGUACUACAGACAUGUGGAGAUAAGAUAGUUGGGGAUUGUUUCAAAGACGAAGAUUUAGACUCUGUGAUGUGUGACAUAUGUGGUGAAAACCUGGAGGAUAAUAUUAAAUUCAAGCACCACAUGAAGCUACACUCGAAUGAUUCAAAGGUUGGUGAAGAGAUUGAACAAACUGCCACGGAGAGUCCUUUAAAAUGCGAAAGGACACCAUGUACGCAAUCCAGAGAAAUAACUUUUUCCAGAGCUGACAGCCCAUUGUGCAAUAUUGUGUCGUUUGAACGACUGUGUGAAGUAUGUGGAGAAAUAUUUGGAAGACUUGAUGAGUUUGAAAACCACAAACGCGAACAUAUUCAGUGUCUUGAUGAUAUAUCAGAAGUGAAUAUUGCUGAUUGGAAUAACGUGCAACAGAACUAUAGCAAACCUGAUAAGAAGAUAUCUGAUAAGAAAAUUGUUGUGGUGGUUAAACCCCCAAAACGUAUCAAAUCAAAACAAGCUGACUUAAAGUGCUAUACAGACUUGCAUAAGAAAUAUUCUGGUACAAAGCAUGCUGACAUGUUGCACAGGAAAUACUCGUGUAAAGUAUGUGGACAACUGUUUGGCGGAAGUCAUGCCAUCAAUAGUCAUAUGAGAAAACAUUCUAAUGUAGUUCAAUACAAAUGUGGUGUCUGUUGUAAACGCUUUCAGCGGAAACAUGAUAUAAAUCGUCACAUGAAAACACACAGUAAGACAAGCAAGUAUCCUUGUGAACAUUGUGUAAGAACAUUUGCAAAACAGGCACUCGUGAAUAUUCAUUGUGAAAAACAUCAUUUUAAGAAAAGUAACCAAUGUAAUCAUAGGAGGGGUUUGACCCCAGAGAAGGUAAACAGCAGUAUAAAGGUAACUAAAAUGCAACACACGUAUACUUGUGUCAAAUGUCAAACACAUUUUUAUUCGCAUAAAGUUUAUAAAAGUCACAUGUUUUCUCAUGCUCAUAAACCUUACAAAUGUGCAAUAUGUGGUGAAUGCUUCAGAAGUGAACGGAACCUAAAUCAGCACCUUCUGAAUCAUGAAAAGAUGGACACACAUAAUUCAUAUGUAUAUAGAGUUAACAACACUAAUCUGACAAUGGAGCAGCCCAAAAGAAAACUAGAAGACCCAUCAACAUCAGCAAGUCCACCUGCCGAAAGUUUUCUUAAACUCAACUCAAGUAAAUAUACUGACGUCUGUGUAGGGGUAAAAGUAUUGAAACCUGAUGAUUGUGGCAAGGGCCUUUCACACAAAUGUGUAGAUUUGAGCUUGUUAGAGGAACGGCCCUAUGAAUAUGAGACAUGUUCUGACCAAACAAGUUUGCAUCUAAUUUCAUUUGAGACCUCUGCAUUUGACUCAUUUAGACUCAAGUUUAAAGUAUAG